UCGGUCUAAACUUUGACGAGAUACCUCUAUUGGUAUUGGGGUCUCCGACUCGAUCGUAGCAAGUUGGAUUUACCCCGUUUCUCACUAAGAAAAUUGCCUUGCCCAAUUUACGUUUUAAAUUGAAACAUUUACAUAUUUCUGCCCGUUAGUUUUUUUCAGUGAAACUCAAAAGACAAAAAUUAUAGCGGUAGGCGGGUUGCAAAUUUUCUAAAUAGAGCGUCUCAUUGCUGACAUUUCUUACAUUAGACACGCGACGGCCAGGUAUGGCGUUUUUGAGAACGGUGCCGCGUUGCAGUGCCGGUAAAAAGUUAAGGAAAUGUUUACCACUUCCUAUUGGGUUUCUCGAGAACAUAACGAAGCCAUCGGUGCAGUUGGUGCAGGUGCACGAACGUGAAUACACCGGCACUACUACUGACGUGAAGCCGGCUCCACGACAGAUUGAUCCUUUGGAUUUGAAGUUUAACGAUCCAAUUGCUGCUUUUAAAAGUAAAACCACGAAAGAACUGCUUCGUGCCUACGUCGUUUAUCAACUAUGUUCGAUCGAAUAUAUUGUUGAGAACAAUAUGAAGUUAAUGAAAUUUGCCAAGCAAAUACUUGGGGAGACACUUUUUACAAAAUUUAUGAGAGCAACUUUUUACGGCCACUUUGUCGCCGGCGAAGACGAGCAGCAAAUCACUCCUGUCCUAGAUAGGUUACGGCAAUUCGGUGUGAAACCGAUUCUUGAUUAUUCCGUCGAAGAAGAUAUCUCGCAAGAGGAAGCGGAACGACGAGAAAUGCAAGGUUCCGUAUCAGAAGCUGGAGAUGAAAAAAGGGAAGGUCCAUUAAAAAAAUAUCAUGUCGCAAAACCAUUCGCGGAUCGUCGGUAUAAGGUAUCCUCGGCAAGAACGUACUUUUAUCUUAACGAAGCUAAUUGUGAACGAAAUAUGGACAUAUUUAUCAGAUGUCUGGAAUCUGUAGCUGGUGCUUCAAUGGGAGUUGGCUUUACCGCUGUUAAAUUAACUGCUCUUGGCCGUCCACAAUUAUUGCUUCAACUAUCAGAAGUAAUUAUGCGAGCGCGACAAUAUAUGUCGGAUGUAGUUGGUGGUGAAGGCGCUGUUUUAACUCAUCAUGCCAAGCCAGAUGAUUUUAUGAAAAAAUUUGAGGAAGCACACAUCAAAGAUGAAGAAACAGUACAAAAGUUUCUACAAAAAAUUCAAUCGGAUAAAGAAGGUGUCAUUCACUUGUUCCCAUGGAGUGGUAUUCUAGAUGAGAACUACGAGCUCAGCGAAACGUUCCAAGUACCAGACAUUAAAACAGGAAAGAUGGUUAGGCUUAUGUCACAGCUUACGUCCAAAGAAGAGGAAAUGUUCCGAAAUAUGAUAAGACGUCUCAAUAAUAUCGUCACGGUGGCUGAUAAAUUAGACGUACGUAUAAUGAUAGAUGCCGAACAAACGUAUUUCCAACCUGCGAUAUCGCGAUUAACGUUGGAGAUGAUGCGCAAGUACAAUACACGUAAGGCCGUGGUGUUCAAUACGUACCAGACAUACUUGCAAGAGGCUUUUAAUGAAGUGAAAACGGAUCUAGAACAGGCUGAACGUCAGAACUUCUACUUUGGUGCUAAACUCGUUCGAGGCGCGUAUAUUGAACAGGAAAGAGCAAGAGCCGCAGCGAUGGGUUAUCCUGAUCCAACAAAUCCUACAUACGAAGCUACAACUGAUUCUUAUCAUAGAACUUUAAUGGAAUGCUUAAGGCGGAUGAAACAAUACAAAGAUAAAGGAGAAGAUCCAAAGAAAAUCGGAAUUAUGGUUGCAUCACACAAUGAAGAUACAGUACGCUUUGCGAUAGAAAAAAUGAAGGAGAUAGGAAUCUCGCCAGAAGAUAAAGUGAUUUGUUUUGGUCAGUUAUUAGGAAUGUGUGACUACAUAACAUUUCCAUUAGGCCAAUCUGGAUAUUCAGCAUACAAAUAUAUUCCUUAUGGUCCAGUCAAAGAAGUAUUACCAUAUCUUUCUCGACGUGCACAAGAGAACCGAGGUAUACUUAAAAAAAUUAGGAAAGAAAAACGUCUGUUAUUAACUGAAAUUAUGAGGCGUUUCGCGAGUGGGCAGAUAUUUUACAAACCGAAAGGAAAUUAUACUCCCGUCUGAGCAGCUCGUCGUUUCGUUUGCACAGACAGAUUUUAAGUAUCAAACUUAAGUAGUGAUUGUAAAUUAUUCAAAAGAAAAAAGACUUUGUGGUACGCAGAGCAAAUGCUCGCGCGUGAGAGUGAAUGGAAGAAAUAUGCAGUGUUAUUCAUUAUACAAAAUUGCCUUAGUGUGAAUAUUAUCAAGUGCAAACUGCUCAAUAUCGCACCAUGUGGUAGAACUAUGUUCAUUGCUCGUUAUGUGUAUGUUCAAUAUUAUAUUUGAAUAUGUUUUAUUUAAUGUAUAUUUUUUAAUACUGCUUUUUUUUUUACAAAGGAAGAAAAUAAUUGGGGUACUUCGAGUAUAAAAUAAUCUUAUUAGCAAUGAUCUUUAAUGUUGAUCAUUUUUUUAUAAAUUGUUUCUACGAAGUAGCUUUAUAGCUCGAUAUAUUUCUAAUUAUAGAUCGAUAUAUUUCUAAUUAAAAAAAUAUACCUCCUUUGUCUGAAACUUACUAUAUUUUUGUGUUUUAUAUUUUAUUUAAGAAUCUCGUAGUGCGUGCGUGCACGAUUAUUUAUAGCGAAAGUGUUUGAUGAAUAUAUGUUUAUAUACUUUAGUAUUGUUUACAUAUACAUAUAUUAUAUAUAUAUAUUAUAUAUAUAUUAUAUAUAUAUAUUUCAUCAUUAUAUAUAUAUUAUAUAUGUAUAUAUAUGAUUUCUCAUAUGAAAGUAUAAACAAACAUAAAAUUAAAUCGAUAUAGCUCUAUUUAACUAAGUUAAAAUACUCGCGUGGAAUGAACAUUCGCUUCUAGUUUCAUAAUAUUUUGUGCGUAGUUACCAGAAACAGAUAUUACCAAAGUUGCUAGUAUUGGCAAAUUACGAGUCAUAAUGAAUUUCUGUUUAAUCAGAAAUAUUUGCUCAUUAUUAAAAAAAAAAAAGAAAAAAAAUAAAAAAAAAGAAAAAGAAAAAAAAAAAGAAAAAAAAAACAAAAGAUAGAAAAAAAUUUUUCCGUAAUUUGUUAAUAAGUAAAUAUUUGGAAAUAUUUGGAAAAACAUUAUUAAAUUUCUGGUAUGGAUGAAUAAUAAUGUAAGAGCCAUUUUUAUUUGUGCAAUUACUACGCAUGUUAAGUAAUGUUGGACUGAAACAAUGAUAAACUAUGAAACGGAAUUGAAAGAAAAUAUACACGUAGAGAAUUGCAUUUUAUUUCACUAUGUUUCAGCCUAAUAUUGCUUUCUCAAUAGACGAGAUAAUAAUAUUCAUGAAUAUAUGACGCUGUUUCUACAUCUCAUGGCUUAUAUAUCAUUCUUAAUAAUUUUUCUUUUUAAGAAAACUAAAUACCAGCUGAAAGCUUUAUAAUUUAUAAACAAUAAAUUUUUGUCGAGUUUCAAUUAAUAAAAAUUGUUUUAUAUUUAUUCAAAAAAAAAAACGUGUGUAUAUAUAUAUAUAUGUAUAUAUACAUAUAGCGUUCACACAAAUUUAAUUUUAUAUUAACACACUUUUUUGUUCUGCAGUAUUUCAACAUUCAACCAGAAGACUGUUAAGUUUUAUUCGAUAAAAAUAUUAUUUUUAUCGCUAGCAAUGAAAAUAAUUCGACCUAUGGUGAAUAAUUUUCACGUAUAACACUUUGAAUAACACUUCGAUAUUUUCUUAUCAGUAUUUUUUAUAAAAAUCAGAAUAGUGUGCUUUUGUUUUGCAGGAUUUUUUUUUACUAAAUAUGAAAGUUUGUCUGUUGUUAACAGAUCUCUAAUUUUGUAAUAUAUACAAACAUACAUUUUUUCAUGAUCUCUUGUGUUAUUAUAUUUUAUUGUAAUUGCGUUUAGAAUCGUGUACGCAGUUUGUAUUUCCAAUUAAUUCGAAAAAGUAUUAUGUUUUGUAGAACAGUCCACGUUUCUUAAAGAUGUGAUUUUUUUAUUGAGAUUAAGAAAAAUAUUAGAUUAUCAUGUUACAUUUGCAAACCUAAGAGAAAAAUUUAAUCGAAUAAAGGGGCAUUGUUAAAGUUAUACAUGCUAUAGCUAAAUGUUUUUAUGUGCUAAUGGUAUGCUGAAUGCGAGUGAUUUAGCUAUAAUUCUAUUUGUUACGUCUUAGUGUUCGACUAUUACGUCGAUACUUUGAUAACUUCUAUGUCUCGUGAUGAUGACAAUAAUUUAGGUAGUUAAUGUUACAAAAAAACUUCUAUGCCAUAAGUAUAAAACUGUAUACCAUGAUGGAUUGAAUUGUCAUCACCAUUGAGGUAGGAUUUAUACAGGGCAAUGACACGAGAUUAAUAAAAAGAAUAGAGAAGGAAAAAAAAAUAAUUAUUAUCCUCGUGCGAUAUUGCAUGGGUCAACAUAUAAAUAUAUAUACAAAAACGUUUGCAAGAACGUACAUUUUACUGCCAGAAUAAACUUAUACUUUUUCUUGGCUCGAAUAUGACAAAUACUUACUUGUGUGUGAAUAAUAUAUUUAUAAUGAAAGUAAUGCAAUGCAGUGUAUACCACGUUGUUUUCAACACUGGAUGUUAUUAGUAUCAAUUUAUGUGUAGUUCACAUAAAUGUAAUCUAAAAAUAAUAUUCUCUAUAAUAAUGUUCUUUCGCGAAAUUUACUUUC